UAUAUACUCUCAUCAUCUACCCCGCUUCUUUCUUUACGCCAUCAAGCAAAGACUGGUCUUUUCGUUUCCCUUUUCACUGCUACCGGUCUUUUUCUCUGUGGCGGGACGAGUGGGUUUCAAAAACCGGAGGUUUCGGGGCGAGAGAACCGGGUUUUCUGGGGAGAGGAUGGCCGGCGGGCAGCGGCCGGGGACGCCGCCGACGGAUCGGCGGUGCAAGCGGAGCGACGGCAAGUCGUGGCGGUGCAAGAACUGGAGGAAGGAAGGAAUCACCCUCUGCGAGGUUCAUCACGAGCAGCAGGUGAAUAAAAGUAGGGUUAGGGUUUCGUCGAGGGAUGGGGAGAGCGGGGGCGGGCGGAGCAGCCGGCGGAGGAAGAAGAGUGAUGAUAGGACGUUCCGGCCGCCGGCGGCUAGCGUUGGUGGAAUGUUCGCCGGAAGGGAUAUCCAGAUGAGGGAAAGGAAGCCGGUGAAGCCGAUAGUGGUGGACGUUUUCGGAAGCGAUGAGGAGAACGAGGAAGACGGACUCGUGAAGGGCGACGAAGAAGUGGAAGAAGAGGAAGUUUCGAAGGUGGGGAAGAAGCGAAAGAGGAAGCAUUGGAAGAAGGAGGGUGGGAAGGGGAGAAAGGCCAAGAAGGAGGAUUUGGAAGCUGGGCCCUCUUCUGUUGCUAGGGUUACGAGGAACUCCAACAAGGUUUUAGGCCCUGAGAAAAAACCUGAGGGUUCUAAGAGGAGGGUACUGACAGGGGAGGAUGCCCUAAUGUGCCACCAAUGCCAGAGGAAUGAUAAGGGAAGGGUAGUAUGGUGUUUGAUGUGCAAAAGGAAGCGCUUUUGUGUACCGUGCAUGACUCGCUGGUAUCCUCACUUAUCGGAGGCUGAAUUUGCAAAAGAAUGCCCAGUUUGCUGCAACAAUUGCAAUUGCAAGGCAUGCUUGCGAAUGAAAGGAGUUUCUGAGCCUCCUGAAAAAAAGAUUAAGAAUGCUGACCGAGUCCAAUACAACUGUUAUAUUGUACGCUUAUUGCUGCCAUGGUUGAAAGAACUACAACAAGAACAGAUGGCAGAAAAGGAAAUCGAGGCCAAGAUCCGAGGUUGUGCAUUGACUGAAAUAAAGUUAAAAAGAGCUAACUGUCAAAAGGAUGAACGUGUCUACUGUGACAAUUGCAGAACCUCUAUUGUUGAUUUCCAUAGAAGCUGCCGUCGCUGUUCAUAUGACUUAUGCCUUAGUUGCUGCCGGGAACUACGUGAAGGUCACAUAGCUGGUGGUGAUGGGACAGUAAUUUUGCCAUAUCAGGACAGGGGUAAGGAUUAUGUGCAUGGGGGAUGUCCUCGUCGCAUGAAUAAAGGUCAAGAGAAGAGGAAAAAAAGUCAAGAGAGUUCUAUAGACAACCGGAUUGCUAUCUCUACAGAUCGAAUGACUCAUAUGACAAGAUGGAAAGCAAAUAGUGAUGGCAGCAUUCCUUGCCCGCCAAAGGAGAUUGGGGGCUGUGGCAGCUCCCUCUUGGAGCUGAAGUGCAUGUUUCCUGAAAAGUUGCUUUUCCAGUUAGAGGAGAAAGCUGAUGCAAUUGCUAGGAGCAAUAGGUUUGCAAAAUUUGGGGACAUGUCCAGUUCAUGUGCCUGUUUCACUGCAUCUGGUAAUAUUAAUGCUGGGAGUGAAAUGUUGCGGAAAGCAGCCUAUAGGGAGAAUUCUGAUGAUAAUUAUUUAUACUGUCCUACUGCUAGAGAUAUUCAACAGGGAGAACUGAAGCACUUCCAAAACCACUGGUUAAAGGGAGAGCCGGUGAUUGUUCGUGAUGUACUUGAGCUUACUUCUGGCCUGAGCUGGGAGCCAAUGGUUAUGUGGCGUGCAUUGCGAGAGAAGACAAAGUCUAAGGCUUCAUCUGAGCAGCUUGCAGUAAAGGCUAUUGAUUGUUUGGAUUGGUGUGAGGUUGAGAUAAAUAUUCACCAAUUUUUCAGAGGAUAUACUGAGGGGCGAACUCACAGAAAUCAAUGGCCUGAGAUGCUAAAACUGAAGGAUUGGCCUCCAGCCAGUUCCUUUGAGGAUCGGUUACCUCGCCAUGGUGCCGAGUUUAUAACUGCUUUGCCAUUCCCGGAAUAUACAGAUCCUAGGUAUGGUCCUCUGAAUCUUGCAGUGAAGCUGCCGAAGGAUGUUCUAAAGCCAGACCUGGGACCCAAAACAUAUAUUGCUUAUGGUCUUCCCCAAGAGUUGGGCAGGGGUGAUUCCGUGACGAAGCUUCAUUGUGAUAUGUCUGAUGCAGUGAAUGUCUUAACACACACAGCAGAGAUAACCCUUACUGAUUAUCAGCUUUCUAGGAUAGAGAAGUUGAAAAAGAAACACAGGGAUCAAGAUUUAAGAGAACAGAAUUGUACCACACGAAAAGAUCCAGAAGAGAACUCAUCGCCAUCUCCAGGGAAAUCUGUAAUGGAGCCUCCUGAUGAUAAGUCAUAUGUCACCUUUACUGCUGGGGGAAAACACUCCAUUCAAGCACCUAGUUUAGAAAAUGACCUUCAUCAUCCUGUUCAAGCCAACAAUAUGAUAUGUGAUGAUUCUUUUGGUCAGCAAAAAAUAAAUUCUCUCUCUAUAGCUGAAUCUCAUGUGAACGAUUCAGAUAUUAAGAUUGGGGAUGCAAUGGAUGUUCAGAAAGAUGCUGAUGCAAGCUUUUCUGACAUUGAAGCUGAAAGAGGUGUAAUGCAUGAUGAACAAGAGGGACAAAAUGGUUGUUUAUCAAAUAACCAAAAGCUUUCUCAGAAUGAAGAUUUGAAAGGACAUCAAACAACUGAAGAUGAUAGUCAAGCAGGUGAUGGAAUUUGUCUGAAGCUUUCUGUCGACAAGCCUGUUCUGAAAACCAUUAAGUUGCAUGCAUCAGCUAGUGAAUUGGAAGAGAAGAAAGUUGGUCAAAUGGCUUCUUGUAAUUUGAAUGGUGAAGGAGCUCUUAGAAGUCCAGAGAUGGGUCAAGUGAAUAUAUGCCAGAAUGAAAUCCGGCAUUCUGGCAAAGUCUGUGAUGAUUUAAAAGAGACUGUGGAAGUUCAUACUGAAGAUCCAUCAGUGAUUAAAUCCACAUCUGAUUUGGUUGAUAUUCAGUCUUGUGCCGCUGCUGAUGGAGAUUUUCCUAUAUCUGAAUCCUCCUUGAAAGGAACUGGUCAGUUGCAGAUAUUGGCAGUGGUAAAUGCCAGAAAUGGAGCUUGGGAGGAAGGAUCUGAUCAGGAUACUGGUGUCAAAGCUGAAGCAGGUAAUGAUGCUUGCCAAACUGGGCUGUAUGGUAAUGACAAUUUCCCUCUGUGUCCUGUUAAAACUGAAAGCAAUGGAGUCUCUUGCUCUAGAGGAGUCGAUCAAGGAGAUAAUGCUAGUCAGUUUUCCAGUAAAACUGAAAAUGAUGAAGUGCGUAAUGCAAAUGUUAAGGAUGAUGAUGAAAUGCUUGUGGUUAAGACGAAACGAGGUCAAAAGAAGAGGGGCCAGCCUGCUGAUUUUGGGAAGAAGCCGAGCAAGGUAGUGCCUGGGCAAACUUCAGGGGAAAUUCAGAGCGAGGGUGAAACUGUGAUGCUAUCUCCUCAUCUCGAACCAGAAGACAAAUCUGGUAAUGAUGUGGAGAUCCAAGCUGAGGGUAACAAUCAUAAAGUUUCUGAAGGGCCAGAUGAGAGAACAAAAAAUAGAAGUAGGAAGAAAAGGAGGGGGAGAAAGCCUGCAGUUUCUGGUCAACGAAUGAAAAGAGAACUUGAUCCUGUUACUGUCAACACUGAAACCACUGAAAAUGCUGAUGGUGGUCAAGUGGAGGAACUUUCAGAUUCUGAAAAUGGUGCAGAGGUGAAGGAAGCCGGAGGUUCAGCUAACGUAAGAGAGCAACGAUCUGCUGUGUCUGGUGACAGCAUAGAGGAAAAAGAGCAGAAGCAGCCAGAAGGUGGUGCUUUGUGGGAUAUUUUUAGAAGAGAAGAUGUUACGAAGCUACAGGAAUAUCUUAAAAAACAUGCUAGAGAGUUCAGGCAUGUCCACUGUUCUCCAGUUGAACAGGUGCUUCACCCUAUUCAUGACCAGUCUUUCUAUUUAACCUUGGAGCAUAAAAGGAAGCUUAAGGAUGAAUAUGGAAUUGAGCCCUGGACUUUUGAGCAAAAGCUUGGCGAGGCUGUCUUUAUCCCAGCAGGAUGUCCCCAUCAAGUUAGAAAUUUGAAGUCAUGCAUAAAGGUUGCUCUAGACUUUGUGUCUCCUGAGAAUGUCCGUCAAUGCAUUCGAUUAACAGAAGAAUUUCGUGUACUUCCAGAAGAGCACAGGGCUAAGGAAGAUAAGCUAGAGGUUAAGAAAAUGGCUCUUCAUGCAUUCAUCCGUGUUAUACAGGAUUUAAAAGUCCGUAAUUUUAAACCAAGGUCAAAGGCUGAAUCUGAAGAACCUAUAGUAGAAUCUGAAGAUGAAGAGAAACACAUGAUGGAAACAGAUCUGCCACAGGAAAUUGGAGACCCAACUGCAUCAGCAUCGUAGGAGUUAAAGUCAUCUCAGCCAUUAUCAACUUCAUCUGCUGAUGCUGAUGACUAACUGUAGGACAGUUGUUGACCUGAUUUUGAUUUAUCAUUCUGGAAUGGGCAUUUAUGAUAGACGGCACAGCAAUAUCCUGAUGUUUUGUUGCUAAGUAAUCUGUCAUAUCCCCUCAAUUGGUUCCUCUUCUUUUGCAGUUUGUAAUCUCAGUCUGUUGUUGUUUUGGCCGGUGCGGCAUUUUGCUGUGGUAUGACAGAUGUUGAGGCUUUUUGUAGAGCUCCUUAUAUGACAGUAUCUUUGUAAAUUUUGGAUCCACUGGGCGGCCAGCCAUUUUCUUAUGUGGAUGUGUUUAUUGGAAUACAUCGUUCUGGACCGUUCUCAAAUGGAAAAUUGGCUUUAAGUUUAUUUUGAAGUUC